CCUCAGCACCGAAGCCAAAUCCAAGCCGCCACCAUCACUGCUCCUCAGCACUCUUUCCCCCUCCGCGCAGCUGGGGACGCCCUACCAUUUACUACUGAGCCUCUGAACCCGGAGGACGAGAAGAAUUGAUUGCUGAUCCGGCGCAAACCAACAGAUUCUUCCUGCCUCCGCCGAGAUCAUCAUCAUGGCUGCUGCCGCCACGAGGAGGGCCGCCUCCUCGCUCGUCUCCCGCUGCCUGCUCUCCAGGCCCGCAGCUUCCCCCGCCGCUGUCCCCUCUGCGCUCCGCAGGGCAGAUGGGGCACGUGGAUUGUUGCCUGGACUCCUUCAGAGGUUCGGCACUGCAGCAGCAGCAGAGGAACCCAUCUCGCCUUCUGUCCAAGUGGGCGAGACACAGCUCCUCAUCAACGGCAAAUUCGUUGAUGCUGCAUCUGGCAAGACUUUCCCGACUCUGGACCCUCGCACCGGGGAGGUGAUUGCCCGUGUGUCUGAAGGAGAUGCCGAAGAUGUGGACCGUGCAGUUGUUGCGGCCCGCAAGGCAUUCGAUGAAGGGCCAUGGCCAAAGAUGACUGCCUAUGAGAGGUCCCGGAUUCUUUUGCGAUUUGCUGAUUUGAUAGAGAAACACAAUGAUGAAAUUGCUGCACUGGAGACGUGGGACAACGGGAAGCCCUAUGAGCAAGCUGCCCACAUCGAAGUGCCAAUGCUUGCUCGGCUUAUGCGGUACUAUGCAGGCUGGACUGACAAGAUCCAUGGCCUCAUCGUACCGGCUGAUGGCCCGCACCAUGUACAGGUGCUGCAUGAGCCGAUUGGUGUCGUGGGUCAGAUCAUCCCGUGGAACUUCCCACUUUUGAUGUAUGGCUGGAAAGUUGGCCCUGCUUUGGCCUGUGGGAACACUAUUGUUCUCAAGACCGCUGAACAAACUCCUCUAUCUGCCCUCUAUGUUUCUAAGCUGUUGCAUGAGGCUGGACUACCCGAAGGUGUCCUGAACAUCAUAUCUGGUUUUGGUCCUACCGCUGGGGCUGCUCUUGCUGGCCACAUGGACGUUGACAAGAUUGCAUUCACUGGAUCAACCGAUACUGGGAAAGUUAUUCUUGAGUUAUCUGCACGGAGCAAUCUUAAGGCAGUGACACUGGAGCUAGGAGGCAAGUCUCCUUUUAUCGUCAUGGAUGAUGCAGAUAUUGACCAAGCUGUUGAGCUUGCGCAUUUUGCGCUGUUUUUCAACCAGGGGCAAUGCUGCUGCGCUGGGUCUCGCACGUUCGUACAUGAGCGUGUUUAUGAUGAGUUUGUUGAGAAGUCAAAGGCUCGUGCUUUGAAGCGUGUAGUUGGUGAUCCAUUCAGGAAAGGUGUUGAGCAGGGUCCUCAGAUUGAUGAUGAGCAAUUCAAGAAGAUCUUGCGCUACAUUAAGUCGGGUGUCGACAGUGGAGCCACCCUUGUGACGGGUGGUGACAAGUUGGGUGACAAAGGUUACUACAUCCAGCCAACAAUUUUCUCAGAUGUGCAGGAUGACAUGAAGAUAGCCCAGGAGGAGAUAUUCGGGCCUGUUCAGUCAAUCUUCAAGUUCAAUGACCUCAACGAGGUGAUCAAGAGGGCGAACGCAAGCCAGUACGGAUUGGCCGCCGGCGUUUUUACCAACAACCUGGACACGGCCAACACCUUGACGCGUGCCCUCAGGGCCGGCACGAUCUGGGUGAACUGCUUUGACAUCUUCGAUGCCGCGAUCCCCUUCGGCGGGUACAAGAUGAGCGGCAUCGGUAGGGAGAAGGGCAUCGACAGCCUGAAGAACUACCUGCAAGUCAAGGCGGUCGUCACCGCGCUUAAGAACCCUGCGUGGUUGUGAGCAUAGCACACCUAUGGUCUUCUGAGUCUGAGAUACCGGACAACGUGAAGACGCAGGGACAAUUGGAUGAGAAAAAAAGAAGAUGAUGAUGAUAACACCGAUGAGGAUCUCUAAUAAGCCAUUCCUUCAUGGGCAGCCAGCCACCGUCUCUAAUUAGUAUCAUAUGUGAUUUGGUUUCCUUUGUCAACCGCGGCAAGACAUAUAUGUUGUAUGUUGUAGCAACAUUAUGUUGAUUAUAGCUUGUUGGAAAAAUUCUCUGGUUGCAGUUAAUCAACUUCUUUUGAUCA